AUGUGUGGUAUAUUUCAUCAGCGUUUAAAAUAUUUUAAAUUCCGUCGUGUUCCAACAAAAACAGGCAAAGAUGUUUUCUAUCUUUUUUUUCGACAAGAGGAAGACACAUACGUUGCUCUUCGAGCAGCUAAGGCGAUAAAAGGAAUCUCACUCGUUAGAUACUAUCCAAAGAAUCGUAUCAGUUACGAAUUACCAUUCCGACCAUUUCCACCAAAUGAUAUAAUCAACAUUUGUCGCUACGCAUUCAGAAAAUAUCUAGAUAGAUUUGAUACUGUGGAACUUUUCAAAACAUUUCUUCGUCGCCUUUCAGAACAAAUAAUGGCACAAUACAUAGCAAUUUCUAAUGUACAUGAACGAAUUGAUAAGUUGCACAUGUGGUGGUGUAUGAAUGAACAAUUUUUAGUCAAAGAUGGUUACUCUGUACAGAAACUUUUAGAUAUUCUUUAA